UUGCAGAACACUCUGUCAGCGGUGGAGAAGGAACUAUUAUUACGACAGCAGGCUAUGGAAAUGCAUAAAAGAAAGGCCGUAGAGUCUGCACAGUCAGCGGCUGAUCUUAAACUUCAUCAUGAAAAAUAUCACGCGCAGAUGAAAGAAGCUCAGCAGGUGGUCGCGGAGAAAACAAGCGUGCUUGAGGCGGAGGCUUAUAAAACAAAAAGAUUACAUGAGGAGCUGGCAGUGUUACGUCGCAAGGCCGAGCGUAUGAAGAAAAUGGAACAGGCGGGUAGUUCCAUGGACGAAGUUCUGUUAGAAGAAAUACGAGAGUACAAGGAAACUCUCACCUGUCCUUCAUGCAAGGUGAAACGAAAGGAUGCUGUGUUGUCGAAGUGCUUUCACGUCUUCUGA